AUGAACAGCUCCCAAGCCGUCUUCUUCGCCGGGGGACCCCAGUGGUGGCGGGCUGGAAGCGCGGUCCUUCCCCUCCUGCUGGCCGGGCUGUGCCUGGCGAGCUUGGCCGGGAACCUGCUCCUCUUGACGGUCCUCAUCCACGAGCUCCGAAGAGGGAAGAUCUCGCCCGCCAACGCCUUGGUGCUCAACCUGUGCUCGGCGGACCUGAUCCUGGUCGUCUGCUGCCUCCCCACGCGCAUCGCCACCUACUCGCGGCGCUCCUGGGUCUUCGGCAGCUUCGUCUGCAAAGCGACGGACUGGCUCCUCCACGGCUGCCUGGUGGCCAAAAGCCUCACCUGGGCGGCGGUGGGGCAAGCCAGGUACAAGCAUGUGGUCUCCUCCUCAUCUUCUUCUUCUUCAUCUUCUUCCAAGUGCCUGGGCUUGAGCUGGCGGCGCUUGGCGGGGCUCCUAGCCUCGGCUUGGCUGGCGGCGCUGCUCCUGCCUCUCCCGCACCUGCUCUUCACCUACCUGGAGGCCGGCGGCGCCCCGGGCGGGCUCCUCUACUGCGUCUUCCGGAGCCCCCCUUACGCCGCCAACUUCAUGGACGUCUUCAGUAAGGUCUACCCCCUGAUCGCCUACCUGGCGCCCGCGGGCUUCACCUUCUCUUGCUACUGGAGGGCUCUGCGCGCCCAGAGAGGGGGCAGGCGGAACCGACUGGCCAAGCCCGGAAGCCCCCAGAGCAAGAAGGUGACCUGGGUGCUCCUGGGCCUCACCCUCCUCUUCCAGGCCACGUGGCUGCCGGCCUGGGUGGCCUGGCUGUGGGAGAGGCACAGCGGAGGGGGGCCCCAGCCGCCGCCGGCUUUGAUCUUCGCCGCUGAAGUCCUCAUCUUUCUUGAUGGCGCCCUCAACCCAGGCGUCUUUUUGGCCACCUCCGGGGAAUUCCGGGAAGGGCUGAGGAGCCUCCGGAGGGGGCUGAGCUGCAGGGGAGAUGAAGCCCGGAGGCCCAGGAGCGAGGAGACCCCCCAGUCUUUGCAGGACCUGAAGGAAGAGGAGGACAGGGAAGCGGCGGCGGCGCAGGAGAAAGUUCUGCCCGACGUGGAGCACUUUUGGAAGGACCGGAGGAACACCGUCGCGGGGGAGGAGAGCGACCCGGUCCCCUGGGAGCACCAGGGUGACCCUUGA